AUGGUGCAACGAAUACAUGCUGAAAGAAUUCGUGUCACCCUUGGUUUUGAUGGUCUUUUUUAUGUUGAUCCGACACCGCAGGGUGGUGGUGGUUUAGCAUUGCUGUGGCGGAAGAAUAAUACGGCAAGUCUAUUGAGUUACUCUAAAAAUCACAUUGAUAUUGAGGUAAAAAUGUCCAGCUCUCCGAGGUGGAGAAUGACAUGUUAUUAUGGCUAUUUUCAGCGCCAUAGGAGGGCAGAAGCAUGGGAGUUGAUAAAAUCCUUUGCACCCCGGUCCACCUUACCAUGGGUUAUGAUUGCAGAUUUUAAUGAUCUCCUAUUUCAGCACGAGAAGAGAGGAGGUAAUCCUCACCCUACUAAUCUCCUACGCGGCUUUGGGGAGACUAUUGACCAGUGUGGCUUAACUCAGUUGCUUAUGGAGGGUUACCAUUUUACUUGGGAAAAAGGAAAGGGUACGCCAGCCUGCAUUGAAGAACGUUUGGAUAAGGUAUUAGCAUCUAAUGAUUGGCGUGAGAUUGUGCCUGGGGCUAGGGUGGUUAAUAAUCUGAUGAGGAAAUCUGAUCAUUCUGCAUUGUUUUUGAGUGUCCAUGGAAUUUUCCAAAACGGAGGAGGAGGAAGGAGGGGGUUUCGGUUCGAAAUGGCCUGGUUAUAUGAUGAUGGAUGCAGGAAUGUGGUGGAGAAGUCAUGGGAGGAGGGGAGGAGUGAAGGGAUGCAGGACUGUAUAACACACUGUGGGAACAGAUUGUCCAGAUGGGGCGGAGACCGGUAUCAUAAGUUUGGUGAAAAAAUGAGACACCUGCGAAAACAGCAAUUACAUCUUAGGGGUCGUACUGAUUUGGCAUCCUUGAAUGAAUUCCAGCGCUUGGAAGGAAUUCUGAGUAAUAUAGAGAUCCAAGAAGAUGCUUACUGGAGGCAAAGAGCCAAGCAACACUGGUUAAAGAAUGCAGAUGCUAAUACGAAAUUCUAUCACAGGUACGCCUCUCAUCGUAAGAAGAAAAAUACUAUUUAUAAACUUAUGAAUGAUAAUGGGGAUUGGGUGGAAGGAGGUGCUAUGAGUACGAUUAUUUUGGAUUAUUUUAGCCAUAUCUUUUCUUCCUGUAAUCCAAUGAAUGGUCACAAUUUAUUUUCUGGAGUAUCCCCCCGUGUAACCCAGAAUCAGAAUGAGUCAUUAUUACGUCCCUUUGAGGUAUUUGAGGUUAAAGAUGCCAUAUUUGCGAUGGCCCCUGACAAAGCUCCUGGACCAGAUGGUAUGAACCCGGGAUUUUAUCAACAUUUCUGGGAUAUAGUUGGUAGCGAUGUUUCGGCGUUUAUAGUGAAUUGCCUUAACAAUCGAGUUUUCCCCUCCAACUUGAAUGAUACAGAUGUGGUACUCAUCCCGAAAAAGAAAACCCCUGAAGUGGUAGCAGAUUUUCGCCCGAUAGCAUUGAGCAAUGUGAUAUACAGGAUAAUGGCUAAGAUGAUUACGCAGAGAAUGAAACCAUUAAUGGAGAAUAUAAUAUCUGGCUCCCAGAGUGCUUUUAUUCCAGACAGGCUGAUUACUGAUAAUAUUCUUGUAGCUGCGGAAGUAGGGCAUUACUUGAAUAGGAAACAGUGCGGGGCAGUAGGAUGGAGUGCACUCAAACUUGAUAUGGCCAAAGCUUAUGACCGCAUGGAAUGA